AUGGAAGAUGGAAACUUUACUUUCGAUUACUUUGAAUCACCCCCAAGUCCUCCUCCCUCUCCUUACGAUCCCUCUCCUUACGAUUACUUUGAAUAUCCCCCUGCCGAAUCUCCCUCAACCAUUAUUGGCUCCACAAAGAUUAAGAAAGUCACAAUCAUUCUUCUCGUCUCCAUUACACUUAGCCUCUUAUUACUCUUAUUACUUGUAGUUGUGUUCCUCUAUUGCCGACGCCGUAAGGUAACUAGGAACGCUCAACAUGAGUCUAAACCACCAAGGAAUGGAGAUUUAUUCUCAAUAUGGAAUUAUGACGGAAAUAUUGCAUAUGAAGACAUCAUUAAUGCAACUGAGGAUUUUGACAUCAGAUAUUGCAUUGGAACUAGGGGUUAUGGUAGUGUUUACAAAGCAAAUUUACCUAGUGGAAAAGUGGUUGCCCUAAAAAAACUUCACCGUUUAGAAGUUGAAGAUCCAGCUUUUGACAAGAGUUUCAAGAAUGAAGCCAAAGUCUUGUCUCAAAUUCGUCACCGUAACAUUGUGAAGCUUUACGGGUUUUGUCUACACAAACGAUGCAUGUUUCUAGUUUAUCAAUACAUGGAAAGAGGAAGCUUAUUUAUUGUCCUAAGCAAUGAUGUUGAAGCUAAGGAAUUAAAUUGGAAGAAGCGGGUGAACAUCAUUAAAGAAGUAGCACAUGCUUUAUCGUACUUGCAUCAUGAUUGCAUCCCAACGAUUGUCCAUCGUGAUGUGACUACCAACAACAUUUUAUUGAACUCGGAAUUGCAGGCUUUUGUUGCAGAUUUUGGCAUAGCUAGAAUCCUAAGUCCUGAUUCCUCCAAUUUAACCACGCUCGCUGGCACCUAUGGAUAUAUAGCACCAGAAUUGGCCUACACCAUGGUUGUGAACGAAAAAUGUGAUGUCUAUAGCUUUGGUGUGGUGGUGCUAGAAACAAUUAUGGGAAGGCAUCCGGGAGAGCUUAUUUCCUCAUUAGUAUCAUCAUUUGCUGGAGAUAUGAUGCUGAAAGAUGUCUUAGACCCACGCCUCUCACCUCAUAUAAACCAAAAUAUUGCUUAGAGUGUGGUUUUAGUUGUAACGCUAGCAUUGGCAUGCCUACGUUCCAAUCCUAAAUCUCGCCCCACAAUGAAACAUGUUUCACAAGAAUUUCUUGCUCGAAGGUCACCAUUGUCGAAGCCCUUUUAUGCAAUUUCAAUGCAGCAGUUGAUGAAUCAAGAAAUAUAUGUGGUAGACAAGAAUUAGGAAUGGUUUAGAGAUGUGAUGCCAAGAAGGACUUUGAUGCCCCCAUCUUUAGCAGGUGCGGUAAAUAAAGCUAUCCAUGGAGGGAAAAUAACACAAGCACGGACCAAUCAGCUAAAAGGGGCGGAUCAAUGAAUAAUGGUUUUGUAACUUUUUUUUAUUUUUAUACCCAAUACCACUG